CAGUUAGAAAGCGCGGGUAGUGGCGGCGGAGCGCGCUAACGGCGGAACAACAAGCGACAGAAGCGCGAAGCGGUUCAGUUCUUUGGCGCAUCUCCGAUUCCAACAAAAGAAGCUCUCCAGCGGUCUGACGAACACAUCUUUGCUAGCGAGUUGGUGCUUUUCUUUGCCUUUUCCUUGACAUGGAGCUACUCCAGUAAACGGUCGUCACUCAUGAACCGCGCGAGCUUGUCGUCACAGGCACACCGGUUCCGUAGCUGAGCUUUUUCCUCAGUUGCCUGCCAGCUACAAUGGCUCCUGGAGCGGGCGGUAAGAGGAAGAGAGGUGAUCGUUCUUGGUCCGGUGAUUCGGGAAACGAUAAUCAGAGACAAUCUCCGCAUCGGCCAGGAAAUCUCAAUCUAGCGCACUAUCCACAGGGCCAACAGCCCAGUCAGCCUCGCGAAUUUGGAGAGAAUCGUGGAAGAGGAGGGCGCCGCUCGAGUCGCGGUGGUCGAAUGCCCUCUGGUCGACGACCUAGCGAUAGCCAGAAUUCUGCGGAGACGCCCAAAGACACAGCUAUGUCUCCACCGGCAGCAACACCUGCGAAAGAGGUCUCCGAUCCCAUGCAGACAAACGGCGUCGCAGCGGCAGCGAAACCACUGCCGCCUCCAUCGCCGAGUCCGGCGCCAACGCAGAAUUCCUCCGCAGAACCUCCGCCGGCGCCGGUUCCUUAUGCAUACGAAUACGCGACACAGGAUGUCGUUGACAACUGGAUGACGACCGGCAAGAAGAGCCUGGUGGAGAAGGGAACUCAGGCGCGGUCUGAAGAGGAUGCUAUCACUUUGGCGGCUAUCUUCCAGGAGUUGCUCAGAUCGGCAUUCGAUGGACGGAUACCGGCAACGGAAACGGGAACUGCUGUUAAAGAGAUCAUUGGUGAGGAGACCGUCUCUGAGGAUGUUGAUAUGGCAGGUGGUAUCGAGACUGCAGGGUCUGGAUUUGAUCCUCGGUCGUUGUUCCUGGAUGCGCUCUCCAUCAUGACCGAUGGUGAAACCUCUAAUCCUGCCUUGCGCCCCUUGGUCUUUUCUACAGCGAUAUCCCCCGCGCUCCUCCGCCUUGAGUUGGAGACGCCUUUACUCCAAUCUUUGGGACUUGUUCGGGACACGUUUGCUCGUAUGGGUAUUCGGAAACAGACGAAUCUUCUUUACAGGCAGUCAAACUACAAUCUUCUCCGGGAGGAGUCGGAGGGGUACUCUAAAUUGCUGACGGAGUUGUUCACAACGAGUAACAAUGAACCCCCUUCCAGCGAAGUCGUCGAGGAUACAUUCGAACGUGUCAAGGCUAUGAUUGGUGCCUUCGACAUGGAUGUUGGUCGUGCCUUGGACGUUACGUUGGACGUAUUCGCGGCUGUUCUCGUGAAGCAGUACCGCUUCUUCGUGAAAUUUUUGAGAGCCAGUUCAUGGUGGCCUCAGGAAGAGAAUUUGCGCAAUGGAGGCGGCAUCAGACAUUCAGGGCUUCCGAACUGGGCCCAGCCUGGCUUUACUGGAUGGAUAACUACUGACGAAGAGCGCGCUGAAUUGACUCGAGUGAAUGAGCAACGAGAUAAGGUCUUCUGGGAUCGAGUUAGGGAAGUUGGUAUCCGUGCCUUCUUCGAAAUAGGCCGGCAACCAACUGAUUCGGAUGUUCUGAAACACUCGAUAUCUGAGCUGAGCGGACGACCCGAGGAUGAGGAUGAGACAAAGAAAUGGAUCGAGGAAACGGGGACCUUGCCGCCGAAGGGCAACAGAGUCGCUGCGCAACUGUUGGGAUUCAAGCUACGAUUCUAUUCAUCUCCUGCUCGCGACGAAUCCGAUGUGCUUCCCGACAAUCUUAUCUACCUAGCAGCACUACUCAUUAAAGUGGGCUUCAUCUCCCUUCGGGAUCUUUACCCUCAUUUAUGGAGACCAGACGACAUGAUGGAUGCUCUGAAAGAGGAGAAGAUGAAGGAAAAGGCAGAAAGGGAAAGGGCCGCUAGACCUGGUGGAGGGAUAAACGCUCUGAUGAUGGCUGGCGCUCUUGCAGAUGAUACUCUACCUGCGCCUCGUCGAGAGGCGGAAGCUCGCCCAGCAACGCCAUCAAAAGAGCAAGAAGCAGAGAAGGCAAAGGAUGAAGAAAAAGACGUUCUUCCGGAACCGUCAGACCAGAAAGUGCUGUUAUUGAAGAGUCUAUUAGCCAUCGGAGCUCUCCCCGAAUCACUCUUUAUACUCAGUCGCUUCCCAUGGUUGAUGGAUGUAUACCCGGAGCUUCCUGAGUUCAUCCAUCGCAUCCUACACCACUGUUUAAGCAAAGUUUAUGGUGCACUUCGACCUCUGGCAUCUUCGGAUCACUUCAGGGAACAAAAGCAGAUCACAAGUUCCGAUCAAUCUGGAGUCCCCAAGGGUCAGGUACGACUUACAGAUGCUCCACCGAGGAGAGUGCUUCGAUGGGCACAGCUUGACAAAGAAGAUACGAAUGAUGGGACCGAUUACCGGUUUUACUGGGAUGAUUGGGCAGAUAACAUUCCUGUCUGCCAGAAUGUCGACGAUGUGUUCGCACUGUGCUCGUCGUUCCUGAACGUUUCUGGACACAAGAUUGGACAGGAUCCUGCGCUCCUCACAAAACUCGCGAGAAUCGGCAAGGACAGCCUGGGCAAAGACGACUCAGAGGCUAAUAAGACUCGCUGGAGAGACCUCUGUAAACGUCUCUUGGUCCCUUCGUUGAGUUUGACGAAAGCCAAUCCUGGUGUGGUGAACGAGGUAUUUGACCUUAUCAGCCACUUCCCGCGAGAAGUUCGCUACAACAUGUACGCAGAGUGGUAUUCUGGACAGACGUCGCGGCUCCCAGACAUCAAAUCUGCAUUUGACCAGGCUAGGGCAGAGACGAAGGACGUCUUGAAGAGAUUGAGCAAGACGAACAUCAGACCCAUGGCGCGAGCCCUAGCGAAGAUAGCGUAUGCCAAUCCUGGUAUUGUUAUCAACGUUGCUAUCAGUCAGAUUGAGUCGUACGAAAAUUUGAUCGAGGUUGUCGUGGAGUGCGCUCGCUAUUUCACCUAUCUCGGUUACGAUAUUCUGACCUGGUCUCUGAUCAGCUCCUUAGGCCAGAAAGGGAGGAGUCGUGUUCAGGAAGGGGGUCUCUUGACAAGUCGGUGGUUGAAUGCUCUAGCAACCUUUGCUGGAAGGACGUUCAAACGAUACUCGGUUAUGAAUCCAACACCAGUGCUGCAGUACGUUGUGGAACAGCUACGACAUAAUAAUUCCACCGAUCUCAUUGUUCUCGAGCAAAUGAUAAGCUCAAUGGCUGGAAUCAUCACUGACACGAAUUUCAACGAUAAUCAGAUCCAGGCCAUGGCUGGUGGUGAAGUACUUCAAGCUCAGACUAUGCUUCAGCUUCUUGAUAAGAGGCAUGAAUCUAAGACGACAUCGAGACGCCUCAUGAAAGCUUUGACAGACUCAAAGUUGGCUGGGCAAUUGCUUAUUGCUAUAGCCCAGGAGCGUGCAACGUGUGUUUUCAAGGAAUCGGAAAACACCUCGGAACUCAAGUUGCUGGGCAAUAUAUUCGACGAAAUUCACCGGAUUCUCACACAGUAUCUGGAUCUCUUACGGAGCAACCUAUCCGUUACUGAAUUCGACUCAUUCGUGCCGGGACUAGCUUCUUUGAUCAGUGAGUUCGGGAUUGAGCCAGAAAUCGCUUUCUGGAUCAGCCGCGCGAGUCUCUGCCAGAAAGUGGCGGAGGUCGAUCGUGCUGCGCAGGAAGAGGAAAAGAAGCGUAAAAGUGAGAGUGGGGACGAUUCGCCCUCUAAAGCCGCUGAUGGAGAUGUGGAAAUGGUUGACGAUGAGGAGGCCGGGGAAGCGACCGACAAGGAGGGUGCUAGCUCUGCUGAUAACGCCAUGGACGUUGACAAGGAGACGCAACCUGCCGCAAUUGAGACGAACGGUGUUACCCCCAGUGAAAGGGCAGCCCAUACCGGAGUUUCUACGACUAAUGGCGACUCAGUUCCAUGGCACCCAGUUGUGCAGGAGUUAAUGGAUCAGGUCAAGAGUGCCCUGACUCCAGAAACCUGGGAAGUUGUUGGCUUGCCAUUCUACGUGACUUUCUGGCAACUUUCUCUGUACGACGUCCACAUCCCUCAGAAGGCUUAUGAGGACGAGAUCGAGCGGCAGAAGAAGAAAGUCAUCGCCAUUGGAAACGAUCGAUCUGAUGUUAGUAUGGCAGGCACACAGCGGAAAGAAAGAGAAAAGAAACAGAUUACGGAACUCCAGGAACGGAUAUUGGAGGAGAACAAGCACCACCUGAAGUCAUACGGUCAGACGAGGGCUAGAUUACAGAAGGAGAAAGAUCGAUGGUUUGUCGGCAUGCGAGGCAAGCAUGAUGCCCUGAAUGUGGCCAUAUUGGAACAGUGCUUGCUACCGCGACUCCUUCUCUCCCCUGUCGAUGCAUUUUACUGUUUCAAGAUGCUCAAAUAUCUUCACAACUCGGGGACGCCAAACUUCCGCACAGUUGGCCUUUUGGAUCAACUUUUCAGGGACCAACGCCUUACUGCAUUGAUUUUCCAGUGUACCUCGAAGGAGGCCGACAACCUUGGACGUUUCCUCAACGAAAUCCUCCGAGAUCUAAGCCGAUGGCAUGCUGACAAGGCCGUAUAUGAAAAGGAGGCGUUUGGAACAAAGAGGGAUCUUCCUGGAUUUGCGAUGGCCGUUGACCCUGAGGGUAAACCCGCGACCUUCUUGGACUAUGAGGACUUCCGUCGGCUGCUUUACAAGUGGCACCGGCUCAUAGCAUCGGCCCUAAAGACCUGUCUUAACGGAGGAGAAUACAUGCACAUCCGAAAUUCCAUUAGUAUUCUCAAGGCUAUUGUUCAAUAUUUCCCCGCUGUGAACUGGAUCGGUCGCGAUAUGCUCACUAGCGUCAACAACCUAAGCCAGAACGACGAGAGAGACGAUGUCAAGACGCCUGCGGCAUCUCUGAUCGGAGAUCUCAACAGGAGAGAAAAGAGAUGGAUGCUACCGCAAGCAUUCAUGAUUAAUGAGUCCAUACCAGCUGGAAAGUCCAAGGCACCCCGGCCUCGGUCUACUACCCCGAGACCGCUGAGCGCAACAGCUCCAGAAUUCAAGCCAAUAGCAGCUACGAAUGUCAACGGCGGUGCGAGGGCUGCAGGUACCGGGAAGACAGAAGUCGAGGAUGGAGAGAUUGAAGAUGCGAAGAUGACAGAUACACAAGCCGAGGCAACAUCUGAAGAGGCCAAGAAAGAGGAUGAACAGGCCGAGUCUCUGGUGGAGACAGCCAAGGAAGAAUCUAGGCCUGAGACAGCUGCUGCGUCCCAAGAUACGGUGCCUGAGUCCAGAGAAGCUGACCAGCAUCCUUCCCGUGCUCGAGUCUCGCCUUCACCGUCACGAUCACGCCCCAGCCCCAAGCCAUCAGACACUUCCCGCCCAUCAAACGUGCCUAAGAGACCAGAUAUCGACAGAACGUCUUCGAAUAAUCUCACAUCUCGUACAGACCCGAAUCUACCGAGCAGGCCAGAACCUCGUCCCUACAGACAUGGCGACGGUCGAGGACCCAGGGGGCAACCGGAUCUCAUUGAUGAGAGACGCGAUCCUAGGGACAGCAGGCAUCCGGAAUUUUCGAGGUCUGGGAGGUUUGGAGAGCAUGAUCGUGAUCGCUCUUUCGAACAUGGCAGGCCUGACCGUCUUGAGCCUCCUCGUGGUGAUAGAGACUUCCCUACCAGACCAGAUGAUCAAUUCCGCGGGCCCUCGUAUCGAGACCGUCCACCCCGUGAGGCAGACUGGCCUGAGAGACCAGGACGCGGGCGUCCACCUCCAAUAGAAGGGUACCAUGGAAGGGCAGAUACCGAUCGCUUUUCGAGGGACGGGCCUCUCCCUCUGCGGACCGGGGUCCAGCCUCACCCUGACCGGGCAGAGCUCAUUCGUGAACAUCCUGAUCGGGCGUCUCUCAUCGAAAAUGAGGGGCAUCGCCGUGGAGAGAAGGACGAGCGGAGGUCUCAUUCUUCGAGGACAUCAUCUCCACCUAGGUUAGAUGACUCGCGACCGCCUCCCCGUCCAGAACGCUUUGACGACCGCAGAGGUCCUGGUUACCCUUCGCGACAGGACGACUUCCCUAGUGGACCUCGCAGCGAACGGCCUGGUCGUGGUGAUAUACCUGAAUCCAAAGACUCAUGGGGAGGACCGGAUCUUUCGCAUGGACGGUUACGGCCACCUGAGCAGCCCUCAGACAUCCCUUCGGGACCCAGAGGGAGAAAUGCAGGGCGACGCGAUGCCCGCAAUGCACAACACGCACCUCCUGCUCCUCCGGUUAAUUCGACGCCUCUUCCGGAGCGUCAACCACCGACUGGCCCUGGCCGGCGAGGGCCUCCUCAAGAACCAGCUCCAUCGUCAGGCGGACCACCUUCUCCCGCAACUGAAAGGUUAGAUACUACCGGGAUUCACCCUGAUAGGCUUAAGGCGUUACAAUCGUCCAUGGACCCAGUUGCACCACCAUCAGGUCCCCGGGGCGGUGCUCAUGGACCGCCUUCGGAACAGCCGCCUCCUAGAGGUCCUCCUUCAGGCCCGAGCUUCGCUGGAGAGCGUGGUCGAGGGGAUAAGCGCUUUGCAGGUCUCAACAACAUGUUGCAGCAAUCUGGCGGUCCUCCAGAGCGCGGAUCGGGUACUUCAAUCCGUGGAAGAGGUGCCAAUCGUCAAGGCGGUUCGAUGACAGCUCCCUCACUCCAGUCAACGCGCCCACGGACUCCCACUGAAAGCCACGAAGAGAGUAACCGUUCUGGUCCUCACGGCCGUCCUGAACUCUUCCCCAGUCGUCCUGGCGGGCCCCCAUUUCCCACCGAUGACGCACAUCCUCCAACGCGUCCAGCCGGUGGCAGACGCAGCGAGAUAAUAGAAGAUACAGCCGCAGAGCCUCGACGCCUUAGCCGUCACUCGUCAAGUUCUAAUCUGAACCCGGAGCGCGAACGAGAACGUGACCGUGACCGGGACCGUGAGCGCCGCGGUGAUGAGGAAGCUGGUCGCAGCAGCAGCCGAAGGGAAGAGCACCGAGAUCGCGCAAAAGAGUAUGACCGCGAGACUCGCCGCAGGGGCGACAACAGUGCUAGCGCAGGCCGUGAGGAAUCCUUCGAGUCAAGAGAAUCCUCUUCCCGCCGAGGAGGUCACAGCCGCGAUGAGAACCGACGAAGGGAACGACGAGAACGUGACGAUGGUUUGGGACCUGGUAACGAGAGCCAAGGCCGUUUAAAACCACCUCCUAUGAACGCUGGUGCUCCCCCGCCUCCCCCACCGCCACCUCCAGGUGGCCCAGCCGAAGAUCGACGAUGGGGCGGUGGUCGCGGUGAGAAUCGCGAUCGCGAACGUAACCGCGAUAGAGACCGGGGUGACAGAGACUACCGUGAGGGUGGCAGUAGCAUUCUCCCUCGAAAGCGCGGCCGUCCAGGCGGAGACGAGAACCACGGCAGCCAUCAGGCAGGCGGAGGCCGUGGCGCCAGAGUCGGCAGCGAGAGCAAGCGCGCAAGACGGGGUCCAUGA